AGAGGCCUUCUGUGAAGGAUGAAAGCAUUAGACAACAGAAUGGCUACCUUCACUGAAAAUGGCUACCUUUCCAAGCUUGCUACAAUCCUUCUUAUCGGGGCACUGAUGGGGAGCUUCGAAAUAACAGGUGCACAAUCCAUUGGCAUAUGUUAUGGACGGACGGCCACGAUCGAUGGUUUACCUUCCGAACCUGAAGUUGUUGAACUUUAUAAAUCGAUCAACGUCCAACGGAUGAGAAUCUUCGAUGCAAAUCAAAACGCACUCGAUGCAUUCCGGGGGUCCGGCAUCGAGGUCACAGUGGGUGUCACCAACGACGAACUGGAAAAGAUGGCAGAUCCAACGGCUGCAAACAACUGGGUCCGUGAUAACAUAGUAACCUACGGUUCAGAUGUCAAAUUCCGGUACAUUUCCGUCGGUAAUGAGGUGUUCCCUGAUACAAAGACAGGCAGCUAUGAUCGUGCGGCUCAGGUGCUUCCAGCCAUGCGAAACAUCUACAACGCAAUCCGAUCGGUGGGCCUACAAGAUCAGAUCAAAGUGUCCACAGCCGUUUAUCCAAACAUCCUUGAAAAUUCCUACGUCCGUCCAUCGCAGGGGAUCUUCAACACCACUGCGGCCCAAUACAUGAGGCCCAUCAUCAGUUUCCUAGUGGAGACGGGGGCCCCACUUCUAGCCAAUGUAUACCCCUACUUCACUAAGAAAUUCAACGGUCAGAUCGACCUUUCCUACGUUCUGUUCACAUCCACAGCCGUUAAUCAGGAUGGGUACCAGAACCUUUUUGAUGCUAUGGUGGAUACACUCUACUUUGCUGUAGAGAAAGCAGGUGGGCCAUCUGUGAAGAUCGUGAUAUUGGAAAGCGGCUGGCCGUCCGCUGGGGGAGAGUGGGCCACCAAGGAGAAUUCUCAGACGUACAAUCAAAAUCUGAUCCGCCACGUGGCAAAAGGUACACCGAAGAAGCCUGGGCCCAUUGAGACUUAUGUGUUUGCUAUGUUCAACGAGAAUCUAAAGGAGACUGAAGAGGAACGGAGCUUUGGGCUGUUUUACCCAAAUAAAACGCCUGUGUACGCCAUCAGCUUCAAUUAGUGGGCUACUUGGGAGAUCAGACGGUAGAGAUUAGAGAGUACUAUUAAUCCGGACCGUCCAUUUAUAGAACCUACCGCAGAUGGUCCGUAGUUUGAAAAUGGCACUGAUCAGGUAAUCCUGACCGUCUAAAAAAGUAAUAAUCAUAU